AUGGAGUCGACUUCUCCAGAUCAGCCAAACAUGGAGGAUCGAGAUAUUUCUACAUCAGCCACAACCAAUACAAUCAGCAAAAUCAACACCAAUCAAAAUCAGCUAGAUACCUCCACUGUUGAAAUUUCCAAAGCUCUAUCACCUAACAUCAAAUCAAUGUCUUCUGAUAAAACAAACACUCAAAAUCGGCUUGAACCUAUGUCAUCCACAACCAAUACAACUAGCGAAGUCACCUUAGAUGAAGGGAAUCCCAACGAUUCUACCAUCCGAUCCUCUGGAGCUCUUCAUGAUAUCAUAGAAUUGAACCCUGAAAAAAACAAGAAUGCAGAUAAUAUCAAAUCAGCAAUUCCCAAUACAACUUUGGAAGAGGAUCCCGCAUUCAUAUGCGACCAGCUUGCUUUGCAGAGCGCUUUGAAAGCGCAGGAGACUCUCUGUACUCUUGAUUCUUCUGUCUUUCAAACCGAAGACACCAGGUCUGUUCCUUUCCAGGAUUCCUCUUCUCAGACUGCCAACCUCGCAGUCACCAAUGUCCGAUCAGCCCGUUUGGAAGAGAAAAAUCAGCCUGUAAUUGAUGGUUCAACUCAACAAGUGUUACAACCAGCUCCUGAGUUUGCCUCAGAUAAUUCAUUGAUUUCCCCUACCUCGGCUUCAACAGAUUCUUUGUCAUAUACAAGUGCAAUGAUUUCUAUAUCUCAAGCUUGUACAAGUGACUAG